CUCUCUCUCUCCGGGUGCACACUGUGGUCUUUGGAGUAGAACCAGCAAAACAACUGGCCGUGUGCACGCCUAUAAAUAAGCUAGGAGGAGCGUGCACACUGCAGGCUGUGCUGUGUAUUGUUCUCUGCACACAGGGGGUGGAUUCUCGCCGCGCUCAUUCGUCGUCACACCACAGCACUGAGCCUCAGUGGGUGAAGGAACGUUGCAAGGAGGAGAAUGUUCGGAGGAGGUGCAGCAGAACUACUUGGACAUUCAGUGUGUCGACGUUAAUCGAGACGAUCGGGGCAACUACGGCACACGAGUGGAAAAAGCGAUUGUGCUGGUGCACAUCAUCAGGACGCACGGUAACGGAGGGUGUCUGCAGGAUUGAGCAUGCACGUUGGAGCGACUAAAACAGUGUGACUCCACAGAUGGACCCCCUGUGUAAUGGAGCCAAGAAACCAGAGGGCGCCGAUCCUACCGCAGACCCUCGGCCUCCUCCUGCCAAGAUGGUCCGUCUGGAGCAACAUGGAGCUGCUGGAUGCUCCGUGAUGCAAGAGAGGAACAUGCAAGGCAGUCCGGGGACUAAAACCCCUUUUCAGGUGCAGAAACCUUCCUCUGGGAAGCAACAGUAUAGGACUUCCCAGUUGAGAGGAAGCUCCCUGCCUGUUUUCUGUGUGGUGGAGCACAUGGAAAGUCCAGUGGAGGGAGAGAGGAAGGACGAGCAUGCCGAGUAUGUUCUGAUCAAGAGGGAUCUGCUGUUCAACCAGCUCAUCGAGAUGGCCCUUCUAACACUGGGCUACUCUCACAGCUCGGCUGCUCAGGCCAAAGGUUUGAUCCAGGUGGGCAGAUGGAAUCCAAUGCCUCUCUCGAGCGUGACGGAUGCUCCAGAUGCCACGGUGGCCGAGAUGCUGCAGGACGUUCACCACGUUGUUACCCUUAAGAUACAGCUGCAAAGCUGCUCCAGACUGGAGGACUUGCCGGCUGAGCAGUGGACUCACUCCACAGUCAGGAACGCACUGAAGGAGCUCCUCAAGGACAUGAACCAGAGCUCACUGGCGAAGGAGUGUCCUCUGUCUCAGAGCAUGAUAUCAUCGAUAGUGAAUUGCACCUACUAUGCCAACGUCUCUGCGGCCAAAUGUCAGGAGUUUGGCAGAUGGUACAAGCACUUCAAGACAUCCAAAUGCAACAACAUUGAGAGCUUCUCAGACCAGCCGUCACAUGUUUCUAUCGCUCAGCAGCCCAUCACCAGCAGUCCAGCUGAUCAGAGCCUUCUUUACCUCCACGGAGGGAUGACCAACAUAGUGGCUGGAGCCUCCCCUCACAGUAUGUGCAACUCCGGGUUGCUAAACCAAACCCUCAGCAGGUCUCAGCAGCAAGUCAUGACUCAAAUCCUGAACCAACAAUAUGCUGUCAGCCUCAUGCUAGCAGGCCAGGGACUUUCACCAGCCCCACAGCAGUAUCUCAACCACCCACCUGUUGGGAGGUCUCCUGCUAAGGUUUUCCCCAAAGCACCAGACCCCCAAGUCCCCCAGCAGGGUCAGUGUGGCCCAGAUGGAGGGUCUUCGGCCGGGCUGCAACACCAGACUGGGUCAGGUCUGGUUUCUGUGGAUGUGCCGUUUGACAUCUACCACUGCGUGCGGGAGGAAAUGAAGAGAGCGGGGAUUUCUCAAGCCAUCUUUGCACGAGUGGCUUUCAACAGGACCCAGGGCUUGCUCUCAGAGAUUCUACGAAAGGAGGAGGACCCUAAAAAUGCCUCCCAAUCUCUCCUGGUCAACCUGCGGGCUAUGCAUAGCUUCCUGCAGCUCCCCGAGGUAGAAAGAGAGCGCUUCUACCAGGAAGAGAAAGAGAGAAGCCUGACUGGAUUUACACCGAGCAGCAACAACACACCGCCAAGAUGCACGCAGGCCAGACUUUCACCGGUGACGGCAGACAGAAGUUUGAGGACAGACAGUUGCGUUCUCAAUGUGAGCUCCUCCAUCUAUGAAGAGAUUCAGCACGAAAUGAGGCGAGCCAAGGUGUCACAGGCUUUGUUUGCAAAGGUGGCCGCAUCCAAGAGUCAGGGGUGGCUGUGCGAGCUGCUACGUUGGAAGGAAGAUCCCAGUCCGGAGAACCGAACCUUAUGGGACAACCUGUGCAUGAUCCGGCGUUUCCUGAGCCUGUCGCAGUUGGAAAGAGAUGCCAUUUACGAGCAGGAGAGCAUCCCUUUACAGAACUGCACUGACAGACGUACACUACUCAGCAAUGACAAUGCACUGUAUCAACGCAACUCUCUGCUGCCACAGCAACACCAUCUUCAACCUCAUCAACCCUUGCAUCCCGAAGCAGGACCUCAUUUGUCUCCUCGACAACCAUGCACUGCAUCACCAGCUGAGUUGGAGACUGGGGGCAACUGGGGGCUUUUGAGGGUCAGUGUGCACGGUCAGGGCAGUAGCAAUGGCGAGGACUCACUUGAGGGACGAGGAGGAGGAGACAGUGGUGAUUUUGGUGUGGACUGGAAUUGUCCGAAAGCGGAGGACAAGGAUGCAGAAGACGACGAGCAGGUGGCUGGUGGAGAAGGCGUAGAAGAGACAACAUUUAAAGGAAAGCUUCAAGUGAAGUGGCCCAGUUUGAAGGAUGAGCAUGGUGAUAGAUUUGGGAUUUGUACCAAUGCAGAUAAUGAAGAACAGGCCCAGCAUGUGGGAUUACCAGUGUCCCAUGAAGCGCUGGGCAUUUUGCAGAGCUUCAUCCAAGAUGUGGGCCUCAACCCAGACGAGGAGGCGGUCCACACCCUGUCAGCUCAGCUGGAUCUGCCCAAACAUAUCAUCCGUAGCUUCUUCAGCAGCCAAGACCACUUACCCAUCGGCCCACAUGGUCAGUGCUGCAGUCAGAUCCAAAAACACAGACAAGAGCACGGCUGCGCGGUCAAAAGAACUGAGCAACAGGAGCAGGAGGUAAAAACUGAAACAGCAGAAAUGAACGAGGAGGAAAAACAAAUGGGGAGACAUGAAACAAUGAAGAUAAUUACUUUGAAAGGGUUGGAUAUGAGCACUCAAACCAUCCCCACAAUGAAAGAAGAAGAUGUCUAGCCCAAACAUAUUACGGUAUAUUGAGCCAUAAGAGCUUGGUAAGGGAUCUGGAGGAUGUCCCAUUUUAGGACCAUCAUGCUGUGUUUUUGUGUCUUUAUGAGUCCUUCAAGAUCAAUUUCAGACACACUGUGUUUGUUUUCCCUGUUUUGAUUGAUAUGCAUCAGUCUUUGACUGGAUGUGCAGUAGGGCUGCACGGUUCUGCAAAAAAUGUGAAUGAUGAUUUCCUUGCUUAGAAUUGAGAUUGCGAUUCCCUGGGAAGGUUUUUUCCACAUACAAACGCCAUGUUCAGGGCCAGAAAUCAUGUUUUUUUAAAUCAUUAUAAUCAUCAUUAUUAUUGGACUCCUCAUUGUUCUGAUUUCAAGAAACCUCCAAUGGUCUUUCUGCUGUUCUUCAUGGGAGGCCCUGGAAGGACAGCUGACGGGGGACUUUCUUGAUAGAAAUCAGCAGAAAGACUGAAAAUAAUCCAUCGAGUGUUGCUCGUUCGACAUUACAGUUAUGCACAUUGUGAAGAAAAUUUCAAAGGAAAGUCAGUUAAUGCCAUCGCUCCUCCUGUGAGCUGAUUAAUGGUAGCCAGCAAGCCUCGCCGGUGUCGUCGGUUGU